CGUCACGUAACACAAGGCUGGUCGGGAUCUAACCACUCAUGAAAUUUUUGUCGUACAGUUGUCAUGUAAUGUUUUGAUUAGUAUUUAAAGACAUAGAUUGAUGCAAUAUUGUAAAGAAAACGAAUCUUUUUCUCAGUACUGACGGAAACUGUAUAAGUAUGAAGCCACCUAGACAAGUGGGUGAAGAUGCUUUGGAAGCUCAGAAUAGAUUCCAUACUGAAGAACUUGCUAAGAAAAUUUCUAAGCUCAAAUCUGCUGCAUAUGACAUUGAAAUUGAAACAAAGGAGCAUAACAGACUACUGGAUGAUGUAGGAAAUGAGUUUGAUAGUAGUCAAGGCUUCCUUUCCGGAAGUCUGAAUCGAAUGAACAAAAUGAUGUUUACUGGAAGAAGUGACAGAAGACUCAUGUGUUAUGUUUGUCUAAUAACUGUUGGUCUUUUUAUUGUAUUUUAUUAUUUAGCUCAUAAAGCAACACGUUGAUCAAGGACAAGUUACGACCUAGUUGGUCAACAUUAAGACCUAGACAGAAGUGUACAUACAUGAUAAAAAGUUGUAAAUAUGUUGUACAUAUUUGCAAAACAAAAAUUCAUUUUGUUAUGAAAUGUUAUUUUAUUUAUUGCAGAAUAAUAUUUUAAGCAUUUUCCUUACAUUUUCUUUUUUGUUAUUUUGUAAACCUACUUGUACAGUUCAAAAAUUAUAUUAAUAGAUAUAGUUUUCAUUUUCGGGUAAUUCUCAAAAUAGAAUUUUUUAAAAAAUAAAAAUCUUAAAACAUUAUUGCU